ACAUUCCACAUGACAGCUCAAACUGGGUUAGUCUUCAUGCGCGAGCCUCAGUGUCACAGACUGCUACAACCACCGAAAGCAGACUUUUAACCUACAACUUGUGGUUUUAUUUGUGCCCCUGUAGUGUAAUUACAAACUUUUAGCCGCCGACAUGUCUGCUCCGAAGAAGGGAGACUUGUCUUCAACCGAAAAGGAGUUGUUUGAGGUUAUCACUGCAGGAAAUGUUCAAGAGGCCUCGCGGCUGCUGGGCUGUAAGGAUGUUCGGGUCAACUGUUUGGAUGAGUAUGGGAUGACUCCUCUCAUGCACGCUGCUUACAAAGGAAAAGCAGAAAUGUGCAAGCUGCUGCUGCAACACGGAGCGGAUGUAAAUUGCAAUGAACAUGAGCAUGGCUACACAGCGCUGAUGUUUGCAGGCCUGUCAGGUAAGACUGAUAUCACGUGGAUGAUGUUGGACGCGGGGGCAGAAACAGACGUGGUCAACUCUGUCGGGAGGACGGCCGCACAGAUGGCUGCCUUUGUCGGGCAACACGACUGUGUCACAGUGAUCAACAACUUCUUCUCCCGUGCCAGACUGGAUUAUUACACAAAGCCCCAGGGUUUGGAGAAGGAACCCAAGCUGCCGCCAAAACUGGCCGGACCUCUCCAUAAGGUCAUCAUGAGCACCAACCUGAACCCUGUCAAGAUGGUGAUCCUGGUGAAGGAGAACCCCCUGGUGGCGGAGGUGGAGGCUCUGGAGAAAUGCCGCCGGGUGAUGGAGCUCAUCUGUGAGAAGUGCAUUAAGCAGCAGGACAUGAACGAGGUGCUGGCCAUGAAGAUGCACUACAUCAGCUGCGUGCUGGGAAAGUGUGCGUCCUUCCUCAAGGACCGCGAGGACAAACUGGACGGCCUUAUCAAGAGUCUGCUGAAGGGUCGGGACAGCGAUGGCUUCCCCGUGUACCAAGAGAAGUUUCUCAGAGAGUGCAUCCGCAAGUUCCCGUACUGUGACGCCACUCUGCUGCAGCAGCUGGUGAGGAGUAUCGCCCCCGUAGAGAUCGGUAACGACCCCACAGCUCUGUCAGUGCUGACUCAGGCCAUCACAGGUCAGGUCGGCUUCAUGGACGCAGAGUUUUGUACUUCCUGUGGAGAGAAGGGAGCCGAGAAGAGAUGCUCCGUCUGUAAGAUGGUGAUCUACUGUGACCAGGCCUGCCAAAAGAUGCACUGGUUCACCCACAAGAAAGUCUGCAAGAAGCUCCAAGAGCAGAGAGAGAAACAAGAGGCAGAAUCAGCCAAGCUGAGGAUGCAGCAGAGCAAAGAGGACAGUCAGGCCGUGCAGGAGGCCACAGACUCCAUGCAGGAGCUCUCAGUGGAGACCAACAGUGAGGUCGCCUCAACCUCAAACGCCACGUCUAUCCCGGCUGCUGACAACUGAGGAGCAGUCAGCCAGCGGGAGACGUCCACACACCACCGACCCACUGGCAGUGAGACUGAAAGCCAGACGAGGAACUGGUCCAGCAGGAGAGAAUAUUUAUUAUCGGCCUGAGACUGUCACAGAGGUGGGAGACACUGACGCGUACGAGGGGAGCUUUGUGCCACAGCCAUCACCUUUUUUUCUCAUUUUUUCUGUUAAUUUUCCAGAUGAUGUCGUUGUAUGUGAAUGUAAAAGUUGCGUAGGCUGAUGUGUUUGUGGUAGAGGAACAUGUGAAGAAGGUUCACAUCAAUAAUGGAACAUGAUUCUGCCUUAAGAAACUGUAGCGGCGUGUGGGGGAGACGUGACUGUGUAGCCAACCAGAGCUGUAGUUUGUUUGCAAUAUACUUGAUUUAUGAUUGGGGUGUUUUGUUUUUUGGGUUUUUUUUGUACUGAUAACGUCAUGGCAGACUGUGAGUGAACGGUUGGCUGCACAAUGUUGACCAAAAAUGUAUAUUUUUAAAUAUAAACACAAACAUGAAUUUAUUUUUAGUGUAUUAUGAAGAUGACAUUAAUGCUCAGGAUUUCCAAAACUGUAACUGAAUGAGUUUGUUUUCCGAAAUGCAACAUCAUUUGUUGAUCGAGCAUCGUCGUACACAGCACAAGAAUACCGUGACCAGUACAUUUGUUUUUAAAGUUUUAGCAGGAUGGUGUCGAUGUUUUUUCUUUUAUUGUGCAGCCUGAACGGACAGAGACGUGGUCCACGGAGACCUUGUUUGUCCCGAACUCUAAUCUACAAUAUGUCAAACAACUGGAGCAUCAUCAUAUUAAAUAAAGACCAACGUCAUCGAAGUGC